GAACUUUGCGUGUCAGCCACCCAGGUUAGAUACCAGCAGGUUACCAACCCGGGCUAGGACCAAGCUGUGACCUCAGGCUGACGCGCAGCUCCGGCCCAGGCUCGGCCCCGCCUGCGCCGCACCGCCGCCGCCUCUCGCAGCGGAAACGUUAUUCCCACACGCCAAGGACUAGCAGCCCACCAGCUCAGUUACCCUUAAAUACAUUAUUUGUAUCGAAAACAGACGCCCCGCCGACAACCUGCGGCAAGAUGUACCACUCUGACCACGGUGUAGACUUCCCCGAUCUCUGCUUCCAAAUUCCUGGCAGCCCUGCUGAGCUGGGCCCAGCAAACAGAGUUUGAACACAACCUUCAGCACACCGCACUUCGACCUUCCCUGCCACUCACACGGGGCGUCCCUUUGCUCUUGCAGCUCCGGUGCCACCCUCCCUCCUCCUGAAUCAUGGAUAGCCCUCGCAAACUGACAGGGGAAACUCUGAUUGUGCACCACAUUCCCCUGGUGCACUGUCAGGUGUCAGCAGGGCGGCAGGGUGGCUGCAGGGGCUUACUGAAGAGGAGCAACCCUUUCAGCCCGCCAGAGAACCUGGGUUUGAGUCGCACCACUUCUCUUCCUGAGAGGGACGUCCUCCAGAGAGAGGCUCUGCUCUACAGCAGCCUGAUCCAGACCUCCAGCGGCUCCUGGUCCUCUCACAGUGGAGAAAGGGAGAGGAGGGGUGACAAGCGAGGAGGCAGCACAGCAAGUGAUGAUUCCUCGUUCACUUCAAGCAAUUCAGAGGACCAGCUUAUUACAGCCCAUACAUUACCCAGAGCCAAACCAAGAAACAGGAAUAUACCAUUCCUGCGGAAUACUGAGGAUGAUGAGGAUGAAGAAGAGGGGGAGGAUGACAGGGACAACCUCAGCGGUUACCUUGAGGACUCCUCUUUUCACCUUCACAGUGACACUAACUCUGCACUGGAUGACGGGAUGGCUCCUUUCCACUUACAUGACCUUGGCUUUUCCUCGGAGCCCUUUCUUUUGCACAGCUCAGUGGGACGAAGCCGUCGCGAGUCCCAGAGGUGCAUAGCCUCAGAUCUCUCCAACCAUCUGGAGGACCUGGACAUCUUAGGACUGGACAACCAGCGCCGCCAUGGAAGCAGUGGUUCCAACAUGUCUAUGGACUGUGGAGAGCAAGACUGGGGUGAUGAUGAUGAAGAAGAUGAAGAUCAUCCUAUGCGGUGUGGACAAAGCAGCAAGACCGGUUCCUACUCCUCCAGCUCCUCGAACCAACACUGCUCCUGCUGUGCACUCUCACAGAACUACCCCCAGCACUUCCCUGAUGCCUUCUCUGAGCCGUUCUCAGAGUGCCAGCAAACCUAUGGCAGCGACUCCUCUUGCAACAGCUCGGACGGUGUGCUCGUCAACUUCAGCACCAUUUACAACAAGAUGAACAAUGGCAUACCAGAAAAGCAGCCAGUCUCUGGACACACCAACCUCAACAGCUGCACUGACCACUCCUGCACCUCCUCUGUUUCUGAUCUACCAGGAAACCAGCAAGACUCAACUGGAGCGGCUUUCUAUUUGGACCUUCACACUUCUCCAACUGAACCUCCACUGUCACAACAACCCUCCUGCCUCCGCAGCACCUUCCCUCUCAUCUGUGAACCACACCUAUCCACCUCUUCCACUUGCUCCUGCUCCAUGGAGCACCAGGGGGCUCUUGACCUUGAUGCUAACUGCAACUCCUACCACCCUUUGCAUUCUGGGUCAUCCGGUGACCUCGCUUCAUGUCUGCAGAGCCAGGCCCGCCUGGUUGUCGCCACCCAAAACUACUACAAGCUGGUCACCUGUGACCUUUCAUCUCAGUCGUCUCCAAGUCCCGCAGGCUCCUCGGUCAACAGCUGCUCUGAUGAGCACAGCAAGGGCAGUCCCACCCCGACGCAGUCCAGUGAGUAUUUCCUGUUCCGACAGCGAGCUGAUGAACAGGGCGCUGAUGAAGAGGGUGCUGAUGAUGAAGAUGGAGAGGCAUCUAGGCAUGAUGUUGAUGAUGAUGAGGAGGUUGAGGAGGAAAACAAGAAGAAUUAUCAGGAAGGUGGUGGAGCUGAAGUUGCUCCUGCUGUUAUUGAAGGCCAGGUGUACGUCAACAUCUCCCCACCUACAGUUGGCCAGGCUGUUAUUGGAGGCGGAGCCUCUUCAGGGUGUCGUCCCCGUUCUCGCAGUUAUGACCGCCACCUGGACAAGUCUCCCUGUCCUCGGCUUGGGUCUCUGGAGCGUAUGUUGAGCUGCCCUGUCCGGCUCAGCGAGGGCGCCACCCCAGCUCCGCCUCCUCCUCCACGGGUCACCUCCUUUGCAGAGAUCGCACGAAGUAAAAGACGAAAUGGAGGCGCAGGGGGGUCGCCGUCACUGAAAACAGCUGCAGAUCCCUUCUCCUCCACCCACUCCCACUCCUCGGUGGACUUCUCUCCAAUCCUGGAGCAGCAUGUGGAGGUGCACAGUCAAAGCCUGUCACCCAUACCCUUUACCAGAUGUUACAGCCAAGGCAGUAUAGAGCGACACCUGGAGGGUGCGAGGGAGACCCGGGCCAAGACAGAAGGUGGUCUCUCCAGCUCCUCAGACAGCCACUCGACUGUGGUCCGCUACAGUAAGGACCAGCGGCCCACCACCCUCCCCAUCCAGCCCUUCACCUUCCACCACCAGUUUGCCUCCAAACCCCCACAGCCCAAGCCUCUACUGCCUCUGCUCACAGGCUACGUCUCUGGGAUGCAGGCUCACCCCAGUUCUGGCUCUGAAGGUCCGGUGGGGGAGGAUAGUGAAGAUGGAGGUGACAAUGUGCACAGGUACCAGGGGGCUUUGGCUGCAGCAGCUCCUCCACCUGGAUCAGUUCGGCCCUCUCCCCUUGGGAGCUACUCCCCUGUUCGGAUCCAGGGGGCCCCCAGCUCUGGGACUUGCUCCACCUGCACCCCCAGUCCUCAGCCAUCCCACAGCCUGUCCUGUCCGCUUUCAGCAGGCCUCGGCCCCCUGCACACCCCACUAACAGGAAAGCAGGGAGAGGGUUCAGCACCAUUGCCUCCUACCCCUCCACCUCCAUCCCUGAGAGUACAGAGAGGGAUGGUGCCACAGAUGCUGCCGGCAGUGCAGGGACACUGCUUCCAUCAUGGAGCUCUGCCCAGUUUACCAGCAUACCACAGUGACGCGCUGAGCCCGCUGGGCUGUCUGGACUCUGGAAAACGCGUGGAGGGAAGCAAUGGACCUGGAUCCAGGACACACAAUGCACACCACCUCUCUCCUCAGGCUCUCAAAUGGAGGGAGUACCGUCGACGAAACCCACUGGGGGUGGAGAGGGUCUCUGGGGGGCACUCUGGCGUAGGAUCAGGCAGCCUGUCUGCUAACCUAGAACCCCGAAGGGUUGGGGGACCACGACCCACCAGACGCAACGUGUUCGAUUUCCCCUCAGCGCCCUCUAGCCACACACUGGGACGGCCUAAUGUGGGCCAUUCAGCCAAGCUGCAGCAGAGCUACAGCGACUUCCUGCCAGACUACUUCUCCCUGACUGAGAAGCCACCGGAGGAGUUCUGCCUCUCCCCUGAUGCCUCAACCUCCUCCUCCUGCUCUUCGUCACAGUCGCACAUCUCUGUGGACCUGACACAGAAGAGAGGUUUGGUGAAAGCCGUGAACACAGCUGUGGAUCUGAUUGUUGCGCACUUUGGCACCAGUCGAGACCCAGAUGUAAAGGCUAAGCUGGGAAACAGCUGGGUGAGUCCCAACGUGGGUCACCUCAUCCUCAAGUACCUGUGUCCAGCCCUGCAUGACGUACUGCAGGACGGGCUGAGGGCCUACGUACUGGACCUGAUCAUUGGACAGUGGCGCUGUCAGCCCUGGAGCCUCGUGGAGGCCUCCACACAGCUGGGCCCGUCCACACGUGUCCUCCACAGUUUAUACUCUAAGGUGAGCCAGUACUCGGAGCUGUCCAGCCACAGCAUGAGACUCAACGCCUUCAUCUUCGGCCUGCUCAACCUGAAAUCUUUGGAGUUCUGGUUCAAUCACCUCUACACACAUGAAGACAUUAUAGCAGCACACUACAACCAGUGGGGGUUCCUUCCCCUGGCACAAGGGGCAUGCCAGCCUCUCUUUGAGGAGCUCCUGCUCCUCCUGCAGCCACUGUCACUCCUCCCCUUUGACCUGGACCUGCUGUUUGAGCCGCACCUCCUCCAACAGGGCCAGGAACACCUGCGUCGCAAGGAGCAGCUGUGCUCUGCGGGCCAGAGUGGGGAUCAGUCAAUUCACUCCACCUUCCAGCUCAUGAGAGCAUGGAGGAUGGAAGAAGGGUUUGCCAAUCUUUGGAAGGAAAGGGGGAUGGGUGGGCAGAGAGUGAAAGGUGUAGGGCAAGAAAGCCAAGGAGAUGGUGAGGAUGGACAAGAGAAGCGCAGGAAGAAGGACAGAGAGAAGGAUGUGGUGAACGAAGGGCGUCAGCGGCAUGACAGACAGGCGGGCUGGUGGUACCAGCUCAUGCAGUCCUCACAGGUCUACAUUGACCAAUCCACAGAGGGGUCAAAGUUUGUCAAGGCCGAGAAGAGGAAGAAGUCAUCAGAGAGACGACAGGGCCAACUCCCACCCACCAGAGAGGGAGUGGUGGAGGGGGCCGAGGCCAGCCAGGAAGGGGAGGGAGACAGAAGAAGAAAAAGCAGCAGCAGCAGCAGCAGCUCCGGUGGGGAGUCAGCCCGAUCCAGGGGAAGGCCUUCAUGGAUGGGCAGCCCCCCAGAAUCUGUUCUCACCCAGGAGAAAGAGACAAAACCUCUGGAGGUUACAGGAACUACAGCCCAAGCUGCAGCUCAGGAGGAGAGCCCCUCCCAGGGACAAAGUUUGCGCUGGGGCAGGCUCUUUGGAUCCAGCGUUGGCUCGCCUUCUCGAACAGAGGGGCCUGAACAGAGGGUGAAAGCUCAAAAGACCAGGCCACCAUCGGGUUGGCUGGGUCUGGACAGGUCGGUUCUUGACCUUGUAGGUCAGACUCUGUUAGCAGGCAGUGGGAAGAAGGCAGAGCCUCCAGCUGCACCCACUCACAGCCGAAACACACCAGUACCAACAUCGAACCAAGCAACUGAAACCAAACAUCAUUCUCCAUGUGAAGUACGGGCGUUGUGCCACCACAUAGCCACCGAGCCCGGCCACCUGAGCUUCAACAAGGGUGACAUCCUGUGGGUCCUGAGCAAGGAUGAUCCAGACUGGCUGCUCUGUUCGCUGGGCUCUACCCAGGGCCUGGUGCCCAUCGUCUAUGUCACCCUGAACAGCAUGGAGUACAGCCAGGAUGCCACCGCACAUGGGCAGUGCUGAACUAAAGCUGCCACCAGAUAGCAGCAAAGUAAAAAGUGAAGGAAAACCACCCCGGAGACAGAGUGCCUCCCUGCCACGUACUGUACCUACUGCUGUUUCAAACUGUACUCAAGAGUGCUCCUGAGAGAGAAAUAUUGUAGAAAAUAUGAGAUUAUGUACAGACACAAACAAGGGAAUCACGCAGGCUCGAACACAAACUCCCAUCUACUGCAAGGGUACACCCAGACCAGUGUGCAUGCAUACAUCUAAAACCAAAAGACGAGAGAAGAAACAAACCAAAACUCUCAUGCACAUGCUUCUAGCUCUGUGUGAAGCUGUGCUACUUGCUUCACCAUGUGACUGUCCACUCUGUAUAUCCUCCAUCUUUGCUCUCAACAAAACAAGGAGAGUCUACUCACAGAUCUUCACUGUAAACCAUGCCUAGCUGCACUCUGCGCUCACCUAGCUGUGCCACACUGUGAACACAGUGCUCAGUGGUACCUCCUAGUCGUAAAACAGGUUGGUUUGAUGUCCUGUUGCUUAUUUAGUGCCAACUGAUCUUCUUCAUUGAUGUAGAAGCCAGUGAAUCCCUGCUUUUUUUGGUACCAUUUUAGGGUGGUUGAGCAAAGCAAAACUUCAUACAAGCAGAGGUGUGAUUCAGCAUAUUAUUGUAACAGAGUAGAAAACCACACUGGAGUUUAAGUGGCUGUUUCAACCCAAUUGACAAGUUUAAAAAAAGUUUAAAUCUUUUUCCAUUCCCCAUCUGUUUAACAAGAUCCCUGCUCAUCAAGGCCAGCUUCUCUGGAGAUGUGGGGUGGAUGGCCUGUCAGGCACAUGGCCGCCUUUCUCCUUUUGCUCACAGGGUCCACCACAACUGGAACAAAUCAGUGGUUGACUUUAAGUGCAUGUAACCUUGCAAAACUGUUGUCUUUUCUCCUAUAAUUUACAUGUGCAUUUGAUCUGUUGGUACAUAACGUAAAUGCGUAUAUGACUUGCACAUGUGGUAAGUUUAUUUAUUGACCUGCUCCAUUAGCUGAGGGAGUCAGCUACUGUCAAAGGAGAGGUGCAGAAAACAGGGAAGGAUGGCCAGUGAAGGUAAAACAGAGCUGUGGAGAUUUUGCCCCCCAACCUGAAAAUUCUUCAUAAUUGCUAAGUAGUUUCAUUAGUUUAGAAAGGGGCAAAUGAUUGCCUCUAUGCCUUAAAGCACUUCAGGAGAAAAGGAGGGAUCUUAUUGUUGGACACUUGAAGGAUUCGUCCAGUAUAUUUUGUAUAUUCUGACUUGUCUACCUUGACUUUUUCCCCAGAUCUACGUCUACACAGAUUCUUGUAGCUGUCAAAGAAAAAUAUAGUGAAGACACAGGCGUCUGUGGUGAUAUUUUUUUGAUGUUUAAAGGGAAACUCCAACACAUUUUGUGAUGGCAGUUUUAUGGGCAUCCCUGUGUUGCCACUGUACCGGUUACAGCCAGGUGCAAAAUGGUAGGUUGAAAAUAAUUAGUCAGAGAAAUAAAACUAUGGUUAUAUACAGCAUAAAGAGGUUGAUAUAGAUGCCCAGUUCAAAUAUUACACAUUAUAAAAUGGUAAAAUCAGUGUACAUUUAUUACAUAAAUGAAUGCUUGUGCAGCUUUUGAAAAACAUACCUAGGAUGCCACUUUAAUUUUCCUUUUGUUGUAUUAUUGUACAGUUAUUUAUAUGUAUGAUUUUUAACAUUUAAUUUCAACACAAUAUUUCAGUCAUUGAACUGUAAAUUAUAUUUAAAUCCUUCAGUGGUUAAUUUCUGACAGAGCUACAGUAUAUGUAUGAUUGUUAAUGCAUUUUAUGUUGUAUACAGGAUGCAAAUAUAAGCUUUAGGUCCAGUGCUAACAACCUGCUGACUAGAACUGUGGUCGUGGAGCUGUCAUCCAUGGCACUGAUUAAACCAGAGACGUGGAGGCUCAGGGCUCAGAGGCAAAGAUGCAUUUGAUUUGGCGUUUGAGCUGAGACGUUGCGCUUUAAAAUGCUACUCAUGUAGGAGUGACCUGAGGAGGGAAAGGGAGAAGUCUUGUGCCUUCUGUCUUUGUCGGCCUCCUCCUGCCUGUACAUACCUUAAGCAUCAGCACUGCUCUGCGCUCUGUGUCCAGGCUACAUGAUGUGUACCAUGACAUUAUCACAAUACUAUGGAUGUUAAAUAACAAAGUGCUCAUGUGAUUACAGUUUAAAUGGCUCCUGUGUCUUUUGUCUUUA